CUAGACAACAAAAACACGUCUCGACGCGCGACGCCAUUGGUCGCUGCGAGGCGCACGGCUGGCCGACGCAGUGCACGCUUGCGAAGCGUUGCGCCGCGAGCCCGGCGAUCCCUGCAAACCGAGCCUCGCGCGCUUAGUUUGCGAGCCAAGCAUUGGAGGCCACUGCUUUGCCUAGCCCGCAGCGCAAGGCGCCGUCCGCCGCAGCACUGUGGAAGCGGUGCAAGAUAGAAACAUGUCGGUGAGGAAACCGAUCGAAGCGCGCGCCGCGCCCAUUAUGGCCGGCGGCGCGACGUAUAUCGCGCAAGCGAAGGAGGGGCCCGAUUUUGGGGCCAUCCUCAGUAAAGCGGCAUCGAGAGCGUUACCUUCUGGUGCCGCCGGCGGCGCCGCCAUGGGCCUGAACAUCAUGUGCCUCAUGUGGAUGAGAACCACUGUGAAUUACCAAUAUAGAUAUGGUACCGGUACUAUUACCGCUAUAAAAACUCUAUAUGAGGACGGGGGACGAGGUUUCAAGGGCAUCACCCGAUUCUACCGCGGAUUAGUACCGGCGCUCUUCCAGGGCCCGCUGUCGCGUUUUGGUGAUACAGCGGCCAAUACGGGAACUCUAGUCAUCCUCAACGAGUACGAAAGCACGAAGGGCCUCGCGCCCUGGAUGAAGACCGCGUUUUGUUCUCUCUCAGCAGCUGGGUGGCGCCUCUUCCUCAUGCCCAUCGACACGCUCAAGACGACGCUGCAGACGGACGGCGCGAAAGGUAUUGAACUACUGAAGACGAAGCUCGCGACGGGCGGGUUCCGGACCUUCUACAACGGCGGCCUGGGCGCGGUCAUGGCGAACAUCGUGGGCUACUACCCGUGGUUUGCUACUUAUAAUACUCUAGAGGAGUACCUCCCGAAGAAGGAUUCCGAGGGCAACGACUUCACGGGCGUCCAGCAGCUGGGCCGACGGGCGCUCAUGGGCUUCGGCGCCUCCGCCGUCUCCGACGUGUCGUCCAACUCCAUCCGCGUCCUCAAGGUCUACAAGCAGACGAACGCGAACACCAAGCUUACUUAUAUCGAAUGCGCCAGGGAGAUCGUCGCCAAGGACGGCGUCGUAGGUUUAUUUGGGCGCGGGUUGACGACCAAGUUGAUUUCCAAUGGUAUUCAAGGAGCGAUGUUCAGUGUUCUAUGGAAGACGAUCGAGCCGAUGCUCUUCCCCAAGGAGUAGGGGGGUUCCUGUGGCUAACUGAGAAGUUGUUUCUA